GAUCAUCGUCUGAGAGGUGUAUCUGAAAGCACAUUUUACAGUCAGCCUCUUUGACAAGGAGACCCACACGAGCGGCGCUGCGCUCACAAUGGACGGGCUGCGAUCACGAGUCAAUAAAGCGAAAGCCCUCCGCUCCUCCUUGCAGGCCGAGCUCGAUGCGUUGCUCGAUUUGCAGCGACAUGAACAGCAGCUGCAGCAUCGCUCCACUUCCUCACCAGCCCAGAUUUCUGAUCCGCAAAGCAGCACACGCAGGAGCAAGGGCGAUCGCACGCAGAUCCUCCGCGCACUCGGCACAGAGCUGCAGGAAAUUGAAGACCGCUCCAUCCUCUGUCGUACACUCUGUGGAUGGACGUGCUUUGAAGUGGAUCUGGAUGUGGGCAGGAGAGAGCGGCUCGUGCGGGAACUGCAACAUGCCGAAGUCCAACAAGAGCGACCGGCUCUAGAAGAUGGUGGGAGAGGAGUCCAGGAUCCUGACGUUGGGCUAGCCGCUCCUGCCCCUGCCCCUGCUCCUGCUCCUGGUGCUGGAGACAAAGGCAAAGGGCGGGAAGGGUUGGGCCUUGGGGUGCGGAUUGACACGUUUAGCCAAGGAACAUUCAACGAGACCUUCUACCUCAUCUUUGCUCCUCUAUCUCAAACGGUGCAAAACGGCCCGGCAGCGCCCGUCUUCUUACAAUCCACGCUUUCCCCCAUCACAUCUUUGUCCUCCACUUCAGCAGGAAGUCUGCAGCUGCUCAAACACACCUUACCGCAUUUCGUACCCGUUCAAAAGCUCGUACAGCAAUAUCUCAGCGUGGUGCAGCAACGCGCUGGCUCCGUGACAACCGGCGGAGCUGCCGAAGUACGAGCAGGGACGAAUGCUGCUGCUCGUGCGGCCGGCUCAGAGGUAGAUGAGGGAAGGAUUUCUGCCGGGGGUACAGCAGCAGCGCAAGGGACUUCAUCACGGACAACGCCAGCAGAGGUUGUGACAAGAGGCGGAUUCGAGCUUUUGGAAGAUCUGAAACUGCUCGAUGGAUUUGGAACAUUCCUUUCCACCCUCAAUUCGCAUCUGCAAGCCUACGUAUCACGUCGGGGACAAGCGGAGAGCCUGCGCAAUCUUUGCCUUCCUGGCUCGAAAGUGCGAGCCUCGCGAUCCCCUCGAGCGGCUGGAGUUACCGUUAAGGAGGUACAGCAAACAGCAGAUGCGAAUGCAGUGCUGCAGGCGUAUUCGACGGCGGCGUUCGACACCAUCUCGAUUCGCUGGUCGAUCCCCGUGCCUAACGAGCACGAGUUGGAGCGCUGGCGCAUGCACCAAGUUCAAGCGGAUCGCCCACAUUAUGUCGAUGGGCACGAUGAGGAGGACACCGAGGAAGAGGACGACGAGGGCACGGAGGACGGAAGCGGGCAGGAAGAUGCAUUGGACGACCCACCCCGUCCGGACGCCGACAUAGAUGGCGAAGAGACACGCGCAGCAGACAUGAAGCGACGAAAACAAGCGCGUCUCGCAAAGCGCCGGAGACCUGCGCGGCCCGUAGGCGAGACGCAAGCUUUAGACGUCAAGAUUCAAUGGACCGAUCUGCUGUACGACACGCUCGGCUCCUUGACCUCCUCUGCCUCUUCUGUGACAGAGGCAGGUUCAACCUUCUCCGCAACAGAGCACGGGCGCAUCAUCAUUGAGCGUGUUGUAGCACGGCCCGACAUGAAACGCGCGCGAACAGAGGACGGGGACGUACACGCUCUACAGAGCGAGCGGGCGAUUGUGGAGAGUAAAGAGAGGCGGAAAGACUUGGAGAAGCUCUUUCUAUUACCGCCCGGUGGAAACAGCGACGGCGUUGGUGGUGGCGAUGCCAAUCAGACUGGACGGAUCGCCACUGGGAAAGGGUACGAUGGCGAUGCGGCAUGGACGUUGGGCUCUGCACUCCGGAGAGUCGCGAGAAAAGUCUGGGAUGAAGAGUGUAAGGCGCUGGCUUCCUAACACCUUCCACUCUCCAUCAAGCGUCGCUGUGCGCGAUACGUCCCACUUUGCACGCGGACGGGGCUUGCAAGGCAAAGCUGUAUUACAGGAGUCUUGAAGCUGAAAGCACAG